CAAAUCCCAUUAUAUAUUGCCUGGGGGUUGGGAUAUCAUGUUCCUCCCUUCUCCUUUCCUGUGUACUUUUGCAACAAUAAACCAGCAAUCAAUAGGGUACAGGUGAAACUUGCUACGAUUUCCGCAAACUAUAAAAUCCUACGGUAAGAUCACGUAACAAACAUCUACGGUCCGAACCCUCUAGGCACAGUGCAUUGGCCGUUGUCAAGGUUGCCUAUAUAUAGAGGAGGGACCCAGCGCAGCAAGGCCACACGUUUAGUAGCGCGGGUACUUGGCGUCAGGGUCUGCCACAGCGGGUCUUGUUACUAGGUUGGCGAGUGGCACAGAGGCGAGGUGCACAAUUCGUGCGAUGGGUGAGCGCGGUGCAGGGGUGCGGGUGGCGGUAGUGGGCGCAGGCGUGGUGGGGCUGACCACCGCCACGCUGCUGCAGGAGGCGCUGCCGGGGGCCUCCGUCACCGCCCUGGCCGACAAGUUUGGUCAGGAGACGACCAGCGACGGGGCGGCGGGCAUCUUCCGCCCUUACCGCCACUUUCGCGGGGCACACGAAGACGACGCGAGGCGGUGGUUGUCAGACUCCUACGCUUACUACAAAAGAAUCAUUGAGUCGGAGGAUGCAGUCGAGGCCGGGGUCAAGCAAAUCUCAGGGUACCAUUUCUCCUCCAAACACCCGGACAUCGUUACGCACGCCUUACUCAAGACGCACCUGGAGGAGUGUCGUCCCUGCACGGAGGGAGAGCUACGGCUGCACGGCUACAAGUACGGCUACUUCAACACCACCGUGCUGGCCGAGUGCCGCUCCUUCCUGCCCUACCUCACCCGCAGGUUCACGGCGCGCGGCGGAAGGUUCGAGCGGCGCCGCCUGGCCAGUCUGGAGGAACUCGUGGGCCACUACGACGUCGCGUGCAACUGUUCCGGGUCCGGCGCCAAGGAGCUCUGCCAGGACGUCACCGUGGCGCCCAUCAGGGGACAGCUCUUCAAGGUGAAGGCGCCGUGGAUCAAAAACUUCUACUACAUUGAGGACGAGACAUACAUCAUCCCAGGCUUUGAGGCGGUCACGCUGGGCAGCACCAUGACCUUCGACAACCACGACCCCGAGGUGAACAAGUACGACUCACAGAGGAUAUGGGACAAGUGUGUGGCGGCGCUGCCCUCGCUGAAGGACGCUGAGGUGCUGCGGGAGUGGGUCGGGUGGCGCCCCUACCGGCCUUGUAUCAGGGUGCAGAAGGAGACCAUCACCUUCCCCAGCGGCAACACCCUUAAGGUGGUGCACAACUAUGGCCAUGGUGGGAAUGGGGUCAUGAGCGCCCCGGGCACCUCCAUGCACGCUGUCACCCUACUGCUGGAGAUGCUGACAGGGCACCAAUCCAAGUUAUAACCUCUUCCUGUUGUACUACUACUACUACAGUGAUGCAAAUCAAUGAUUUUUGAUAGUGUAUGUAAAUGGGAAAAGCUGAAAGUAAAUGUCAACAAAAGUAAAGUGAUGGUUUGUGAGCAGAGUAGAAGUGAGGUUGUGGAUUUUGUAUGCCCAUAUAUAGUGAGAAAUGAAUGUGAAAAAGAAUGCAAAAUAAUUUUGAAUGGUGAAGAAAUGGAGGAGGUUAAUGAGUUUAAGUACUUCGGAUCAGUUAUGUGUAAGCAUGGUGGUACAGAAGGAGAGACAAGAGAAAGGGCAUUGUAAGGAAGAAAGGUGGUAGGGUCUUUGGGACGAAUCAUGAAUGGCAGAAGUGUGAGCAUGGAUUGAGGUAAAGAGGGAUUUGAUUAAUAUAGCAAUAGUACCAACCCUCACAUAUGCAACCGAAACAUGGGCCUCGAAUGAAAGUCAGAAGUCUAGAGUGCAGGCAGUGGAAAUGAGUUAUUUGAGGAGUGCAUGUGGAGUGAGUAGAAUGGAUGGAAUGAGUAACGAAAGUGUGUAUGACCGUUUUGGAAUGUGUCACAUGGGUGAAGGGAAGAAGUGUGGAGUGGUGGAAGACGUGAAGCGACAGACUUUAAAGUGGUUUGGCCAAAUGGAGCGAAUGCAGGAGAGUAAGAUGACCAGGAGGGUGUAUAUGAGUGAGAUAGAGGGAGGGAAUGUUAGAGGACAACCUCCAGUGAAAUGGAGAGAUAGGGUGCAGGAGUAUGUCAGGGAGAGGGGUGAAAGAUCCUUCAAGAAACUUUGAGCAGGUAAGGAGGGAGUGUCUGGAUAGAGAGAUGGAAACUUUUCUGCUGUGGCCAUCCCCUGGUAGGAGUUCCUAGGAGCAGGCAUCAAAGAUGAAUGAAUGAAUAAAUGAUGCAAAUCAUUUUUACUGUUCCUGCAUAUGAUUCCUGCUAGACUGAAACUAAUUGUUGGGAGCUUGACUUUUGGUGACUUGUGACUUCAAGUUUGUCUGUCACUCAAUAGCUCUGGUGCCCUGUUCCUGCAAUGACCUCCUUCCAAGGGGCUGGGCACAGGGAGCCUCCAGUUCUCUGUUUAUACAUUCCUUUUUUGCAACAUCAGCACCUCAUCUCCCACCUCUCUCUCAUGUAUUCCUCAAAUACGAAAUAAAAAUGUACGUAAACGCUUUUAGUAGCCAGUCUUAAAUUAUUUUUUUUCUGGUAAAAAUGUAUUUAAGAAAUAAUAUAGUAUGCCUGUACUUUCAUUGACUUGUAGCAAUUGCCCCGGGGUUGGCGUCAUGGGGUUAAUGAGGUGACGUGCCUCCCUGCAUUUGUGUUGACAAAAAUCAAACAAUACUACUUCUUAUUAACUUCAUGCUCA